UCUCCGCCCGCGGAGCCGCCCCGGCCCCAGAAGUGAUGAAAGCCGCGGCCGAGUCCAGGUCACGCCGAAGCCGUUGCCCUUUUAAGGGGGAGCCUUGAAACGACGCCCGGGUUCCAUGUUUGCAUCCGCCUCGCGGGGAGGAAACUCCAUGUUGUAACAAAGUUUCCUCCGCGCCCCCUCCCUCCCCCUCCCCCUUAGAACCUGGCUCCCCUCCCCUCCGAAGCUCGCGGGGAUCCCUCCCUCCCACCCCUCCCCUCCCCCCCGCGCCCCGAUUCCGGCCCUAGCCGGGGGGGAGGCCGGGCGCCGGGGCCAGAGUCCGGCCGGAGGGGAACGCGCCCGGCCCCAUGGACAGCUCGGCCGUCAUUACUCAGAUAAGCAAGGAGGAGGCGCGGGGCCCGCUGCGGGGCAAAGGUGACCAGAAGUCAGCCGCUUCCCAGAAGCCCCGGAGCCGGGGCAUCCUCCACUCGCUCUUCUGCUGCGUGUGCCGUGAAGAUGGGGACGCCCUGCCCGCCCACAGUGGGGCACCCCUGCUGGUGGAGGAGAACGGUGCCAUCCCCAAGCAGACCCCAGUGCAGUACCUGCUCCCCGAGGCCAAAGCCCAGGACUCUGACAAGAUCUGCGUGGUUAUCGACCUGGAUGAGACCCUGGUGCACAGCUCCUUCAAGCCGGUGAACAAUGCCGACUUCAUCAUCCCAGUGGAGAUCGAUGGGGUGAUCCACCAGGUCUAUGUGCUGAAGCGGCCCCAUGUGGACGAGUUCCUGCAGCGAAUGGGUGAGCUCUUCGAGUGCGUGCUGUUCACCGCCAGCCUGGCUAAGUAUGCAGACCCAGUAGCUGACCUGCUGGACAAGUGGGGGGCCUUCCGUGCCCGGCUGUUCCGAGAGUCAUGUGUCUUCCACCGGGGGAACUAUGUGAAGGACCUGAGUCGGCUGGGCCGAGACCUCCGGCGGGUGCUCAUCCUGGACAACUCGCCAGCCUCCUAUGUCUUCCACCCAGACAACGCUGUACCGGUGGCCUCGUGGUUUGAUAACAUGAGUGACACGGAACUGCAUGACCUCCUCCCCUUCUUUGAGCAACUCAGCCGAGUGGACGACGUGUACUCAGUGCUCAGGCAGCCUCGGCCUGGGAGCUAGUGAGGCGCCAUGGGGCCAGGACCUGCCCCUGGCAGAAGCCUGCACCUCCUGCCGCUCAGACUCCGGGUACUUGCCUGUACUCUUAAGAAAACCUGCGGGCUGCACCAUGUUCACAGCCCUGGGGAAACAGGCGUCUACCCUACCGGCCCCACGGGGCUGCACCAAGGACAGUGAGCCCCGGGCCCGUUGUCAGUGCCUUCCAACCUCCUCUCCCGUUCAGGGGGCCUGGGGGGCCCUGCCUGCUGCUUCCCCUUUCUGUCUUUCUCCAUGCUGCCAAACUGGGCCCCUUAGCCCCGCCUAGUUCUGCUUUGGGGGUGGAGGCAGGGUUUCUGACCCCCAGCCCGGGAACAGUGGACACCAAGUGCCUUGCAUAGACCCUCUCUUCCCUUAGCUUUCCCAGGGACAGGGACACAGCCAUCCUCCUGCCAGCUCCCGCGGGAACGGUGCAGGUGGCUGCACUCUUAAGCUGGAGCAGGAGGAACCAAUCUCUGUCCUGCCUGCCUUCCGCCUUGGGAGCGACCAGCAGUUUCUGCCCUGAGGGAGAGCCGGGAGGGGACGUCUGUUACCAUUUGUGAGGGGAGCAGCCCUGCUUCUCCAAGGCUGACAGCUACUCCCCACAUCACCGAACCCUGGACCCCCUAUUUCUGCCUUAACCACCCCAAGGCCCUGCAGCUUGGUUCCUGAGCUCUGAGUACAGGGCAUAGGCAGGACGCCCUGGUGGUGCCAUAUAAAUAUGUAUAUGUGUAUAUAGAUUUUUAAGGGAAGGGCAGGGAAGGGUCGGGGUAGAGACACCCUUCCCUUGCCCCUUUCCUGGGCCCAGAAAUUGAGGGGGAGGGAGGGAGAGGAUUUUUACGUUUUUUUAAAACUAUUUUUCUGAAUGGAACAAGCUGGGCCACGGGGACUCAGGCUCUGUCCUGUCCCUCACACCCUGUUUGUUCCAUUCAUUCAAAAAUACUCUUCGAGCACCUUCCAUGCCCAGCAGUGUGCUAGGUCCACCAGCUAAGUGUGAGGGGGUCUCCACCCCUAAUUGGUGCCUUUCCCCACCCACUCCAGACUUCACAGGUGCCUUCCAGGUAUCUGCAGGAGGUGGGACCUUCUUGGGCUUGGGGGGUCUCCAGGAAACCUGGCCAAGCUGUCCCCCUCCCCUGUGCCAACCCACCCCCUGCAGCCUCCUCUGACCCCCUGCUGGCUGGGGGCUCGCCCCCAGGACUUCUGCCUUCCAACUCUGACUUAGUUUCUGAACCCCCGCCCCACACCAGCGGAGUCCGGAGGUCAAAGCCUUGGGUUCUCCCCAGGGUCUUAAGAAUUAAGGGGACCCACAAACCAGUGCCAAGGGAGUUGGUGGGGAAGGGAGGAUAUUGGUGACCUAAGUCGGGUGACCUUCCCGUUUAAGUGCCUUCUCUGACAGCCUCACAGUGUGAUAACUAAAGAGAAAGCCAGGCUCCCCCA